AUGUGGCUAAAGCUCGUUAAUAAAGAUACAAACGCUAUAUACUUCUACAACACUGUCACACAGGAAAGGAGCGAAUUACGCCCGACAGAUGGCUUCAGAUUAUAUCACAUACUGAUAAAACAUAGGAAUUCCCGAAAACCUGUCGAUACAAGCGUCGAGGAUGCCUUGCUACAGAUAAACAAGAUACACCAGGAAUUGAAGUGCAGAAUAAACGAUCCUAGCUUCAGAGAGGCAUUCAAGGAAUAUGCAUUCAAAUACUCCCAGUGUUCAUCUGCAAAAAGAGGAGGAGAUCUUGGAAUAGUUUGUGGCAAUGAAAUGAUGCCCGAGUUUGAAAAACCUGCAUUUUCAUUGAAGAGAGGCGAAAUGAUAGGGCCUAUACCAACUCCAUCUGGAUUCCAUAUAAUAUACCGUAGAUAA